CAGGUCUGGUCUCUUGGUCACGCAGAGUCCUGAGUGAAGCUGAAGCAGCGUAGUAACGGCACGUGACGAAGUGAACUCGUGUCUGAUGAAGAGGAUGAUGUCUGGCAUCGUCUUACCGGUUCUCCAACAAGAUCCGUUCAUGGGUCUAGGAUCAUCUCAUCAAAAGGUUGACGGCGAUCUUCUUAUACAUUCUCUGUAUGAUUUUUAAAGUUGUUGCACUAAUUCUUCCCUACGUAUUAGAUGAUCGCUAUCGCCUGACUUACUAGCUGCACAACCUCCACGACCUUUCAGACGUCGCACAACAAUAACAAAACAACAAGAUGCCCGUGAAAGCACUCUUAGCUCCGGUUUUCGCGCUUAUGCGCUUGCAGCAGGGUGGCACAACUUCCGAACAAGACAUGGUCGUGCAGCAGGGGGGUGCUAGUCUGACGAAUGUCGCCAUGAUGUGCUGUCCGGAGGAGGGCAACGGCGUGGCAUCCUCUUCAUCUCCCACUCAACAGUUCCUGGCCCCGUAUAGUACUGCUGAGGCUAAGAUUCCGUACGCUGCGGAACUUCGCCGCUGGAACAAUCUCAACUGCUCUGGCCCCGAAUACGAGGUGUUGAACCAGGAUAAAAUGAACGAAUGCGUGCGGAAAAUCAUUCCCGCGCCAGGCUCGAUUCGCGUGCAGUACUAUGCAUUUAUUAUUUUUAUUUACAUACAGCUGUCUAGAAAAAUCAUCCUCGUCUCGCGGUGGAUCAAGUUCCUGCCGGGAGAGAGUGGAGAGAUCGUCCAUCAUGAGGACGCUAUCGUUUUGCACUGCAUUGCAGCUUUGUUUUCCACCAUGGAUGUCCACCAUGAGAGAAUGAGAAAUAUGCCUAGCCAUAGAGUUAGUACUAGAACCACCCAUCUUGAUAAUUUUCCUUUUCCUGUGCAUACUUAGUUACACCACAACUGACAACAUCAAACCAACAUUUUUAUUUCUUCAAGUCAACCCUAGCAAACUCCUUCAUCUAAUCAUGUUCAUUGCUACAAUUAAACGACCAAAACCCUAAACCUUCUACCAUCGCAGGUACGAGAGCCCGACUUUGUACUCUUCGUUUCAUUUUCAACACAACCUGUUUUGUGGUGGGCAAGAUAAGACGAAAAUCGGCGACUUCGCAGUUGGUGAGUGCACCCCGGACACUCUCUUGCAAAGCAGUCAAAAGCGAGAGUGGGUAGACAAGAAGGAGGACUUGAACGCGAAGAAGAUGAUCAAGAAUGAUGAGAAGUCGGCUGUGAAAACCUCCUAGUCGUUUAGAAAGACCUGGCGGACAACAAGUAGAAGAAGCCAGAAGAUGACUUUCCAGAUCCAAGGAAAGAGAUGAUUACAUUUACAACUAACGAUUUUUGACAUUCAUUGAUGCUCCAUCGAACAAUAGAGGUUAGGUUUAUUCAUAUUUUUCUAUAUAUAAAUGAAUCUAAGUAUACAUAGGAUAGGAUGCCUAAGUCAUCGGAUAUAUAUGAUAACAAGUGUAACAAAGGACUUAAUACCCACAGUUUUGAGAAUAAAGACGCGGCUAACACUGAAAUAUCACGAAAAUAUAUUUGCUCGCAGUGGCACAUGAUGUGUAAAAAAGUGUAACAAAAGGAACGCAGAGGAACUUGGACAGUAUCGAUACUGGACUUGAGUCAUCGAUACUUAACGAUCAGUAAGCAUAGAGCACUCUUGCAGUCUUGCUAGCUGCUUCUGUGGCAAGGAAACUUCUCUCUGAGGUCUUGCCGCCGAACAUUGUGUUCACAGCGUUGGAAC